CCCCGGCCGCCGUGUCCUUCAUGGACAUGCUCAAUGAGGUGGAGGUGGACAUCAACGCUCCACCGCUUGAUCCCUAUAGGGAUGAUGAUUUGGAGGGAGGAGAUGAGGAGGAGGAGGAUGAUGAUGAUGAAGACAUCACAGAGAUACAAGAGGAGGCGUUCACCCGCGUCCGCUCGUCGAACUACACCGACGCGGAAGAUAUACUCUUGGUUCGAGCUUGGGCGUCGGUGGGGUUGGAUGCGGGCACCGGUACCGACCAAACCGGUAAACGGUAUUGGCAGCGCAUCGAGGACGCCUACCUUAAGAUGAAGCCGAAGAGGAGUGGGUUCGCCUCUCGCUCAUUCCGGUCGCUUCAAGGCCGGUGGGACUUGAUGAAGCCGGCAUGUGCGCGUUGGAGUGCCGCCAUGGACCAAGUGAUGGAUGCGCCGCCGAGUGGCACCGUGGAGAGUGACUAUGAGAAGAUUGCCGGCUUGAGGUACAAGGAGAUGGCCGGCUCCAAGGGCAAAGAAUUCCCAUUCAAGCAUGUUUGGUCAAUUCUUCAAACAUAUGACAAGUGGAAGUUGAGAGAUGAUGAAACCGCACCGAAGAAGUCCGCAAUGCUUGACAUGGAUGAUCCGGAAGUUGAGGAGAGGAACUUGAACAAGCCCGAGGGAACCAAGAAGGCCAAGCUUAGGGUGAAGAUGGAAGGAGAGGCGGCUAGCCUAAGGGAGAAGAUGGAUCAUAUGAUGAAGGCAAGAGAGGCUUUGGCAACCAAGACGUUGGAGACAAAGCUUCUCAUCACCGAGCAAAAGAAGGUGGUCAAGCGUGCACACAUUGAAGCAAAGCGUGAGGAGGCAGCCCGCAAGGCCGACUUGGAGGAGAGGAUGCUCAAGGUGAAAGAAGCAAAGGUAUGGAAAGAACUCAUGGUGGAAGAGAAGGAGCACAUGAUGAUGUGCAAGAAAGACAUGGAUGAAGAGCAAUUGCAAUGGUGGAAGGAGUACAAGGAGGACAUCGCCGAGAGGAAGAGGAUGUUCCGAGGGUCCUCCUCUACCUUUGUAGUUGACACUACCAUGAGCGAUGGCGGUGUCGACAACUCGCAUGAUGGUGGGGUUUGA